CCUUUUUCUUUUCUCUACCGUGUCCUAUCGUUCCUCUCCUCUCCUCAUCCACCUCUCAACUUUCAUCAGGUUGUUCACAUUCGCCAUGGCUUCCACCUUGAGACUGGGCACCUCUGCCCUCCGUUCCACCACCCUGGCCGCUAAGCCGACCGUUCAGUCCGCCGCCUUCAAUGGCUUGCGCUGCUACUCUACCGGCAAGUCCAAGGUUUGUGUAGCCCCGAUAACGAUCACUCUUGUGCUAUCAUACUGAGGCAAUUUUGUUUCCUAGUCCUUGAAGGAGACUUUCGCCGAGAA